GGAGUUGAGAUCCUGCUCUCGCGAUAUCUGUUUAGCUGACUUGAAAACAGGAAAAGAGACAUGUCGGUGUUCGGCGGAGUAGAAGGUGGGGGGACCCACUCCAAAGCAGUGUUGUUGGCAGCAGAUGGAAACAUAUUGGCAGAGACAGCGGGACCAUCCACCAACCACUGGUUGGUUGGGGUGGAUAAAUGUAUUGAAACCAUCAACGACAUGGUCCAGAGAGCCAAGGUGGAGGCAGGACUGGAUCCAAACACACCACUGUGCUCACUGGGCAUGUCUCUGAGUGGAGGGGAUCAGAAAGAGGGCAUUGACAAACUGAUCUCUCAGCUGAAGGAACGGUUCCCCACUCUCAGUCAGCACUACUUCAUCACCACUGACGCCAUUGGUGCCAUGGCAACUGCUAGUGAUCAUGGAGGUAUAGUCUUGAUAUCAGGGACUGGCUCUAACUGCAAGUUAGUCAAUCCCGAUGGCUCACAGGUCGGCUGUGGAGGCUGGGGUCACAUGAUGGGUGAUGAAGGAUCAGCAUUCUGGAUUGCUCAUUUAGCUGUGAAGACAGUGGUCGAUGCCAAAGACAACCUGGUCACUCCUCCUCAUGACAUUACAUAUGUCAGAAAAGCCAUGGAGGAUUACUUCCAGGUGUCAGAUCUGAUGGGCAUGCUGCCACACCUCUACAGAGACUUCCAGAAGUCGCAUUUUGCUGGUUUCUGCAAAAAGCUGGCUGAAGGUGCAGAGGCAGGGGAUGUCCUCUGUCAGUAUGUGUUCACUCAGGCUGGGAGAAUCCUGGCAAAACAUGUAGAGGCAGUCUUACCUGCAGCACAGGAGCCUCUACUGAGCGGUGACCACAGCUUGCCCAUCCUGUGUGUGGGCUCAGUGUGGAAGAGCUGGGAGCUGCUGAAGCCAGGGUUCACUGAAAUCCUGGAUAAAGUAGCAUCAUCCGAUAAGUUCAAGGGUUGUUUCCAUGGCUACAGCCUCCUGAUUUUGAAGCAUUCGUCAGCCCUCGGAGGCGCCAGUCUUGGGGCUCAGAGUUUAGGAACCACAGUAGCUUUGAAUUACACUGCCAAUGCCAGCAUCUUCUACCAGCACACCUUCAACAGCAGCCAGCGUCCUGCACCUUUGUUUAUUUACUGGUAGAUGGUGCUGUUCCACUACCUGCACACUGGUGAGAGACACAUCAGUGUCUUCCUUUCUUCUAUGGUAAUGUCAAAAACAAACAUUGUGCAGUUUUGAAAUAUAAUA